AUGGCGACCCGCCCGCCGCGCCUGUGGCUGUGGCUGUGCCUGUGCCUGUGGCUGUGGCUGUGCCUGGCCGGGCUGCUGAGCCUGCGGGCGGCCCACGCCCUGCCCCUGCCCCUGCGCCCCGACCCGCGGAACGCCGUGCUGGCGGCGGCCUUGCAGCGCCUGCGGGAGGUCUUUGACAUCGAGGAGCUGCCGCCCGACGUGCUGCCCCGCAAGAAGCCGCCCCAGUUCAUGGUGGAUCUCUUCAACAAGGUGGCCGACGCCAACGGCAUCACCCGCGCCCCGGGGCUGCUGCAGGGAGACGUGGUGCGCAGCUUCGAGGACCGAGUUCACGUGGACCACCACCACUUCUACUUCGACAUCAGCGCGAUGGAGAAGAGCGAGCAGAUGCUGAAAGCCGAGUUCAGGGUCUUCAAGCUUAAGAGGGCGCAUCGGUCCAGAAGGUCCGUCACGCAACACUUCUGCAAAGUGGAAGUGUACGAGCUCUUGGAGAGUGAAAAUAAGCCACAGAAAAAACAUCUCAUUGCAUCAAGAUUAUUGUCCCUCUACACGGAAGGCUGGGAAGUCUUCAACGUCACACAGACAGUUUCCAAGUGGGUUGGAAACAGCAGCUCCAACCAUGGCUUUUGGAUAACUGCGACACAUGUUUCCAAGAAUGGAAUGGAACACGACGUGGUUACGUUUGCCAAGAGCCAGAGCACUUUGCAGGAGAGCAGAAAUGCUCUCCUUGUCCUCUUCACUAACAGUAACAAACGGAGGUCUCACAGCUUUGUACCCUCUGCUACAAAAUCAGAAACAAACCCUGCCAAAGCUGAUGCUUCACAUGUUCCUCAUGACACUGCUGUCAUGGAAAGCAGCAGUGCCAGCAUGAGCAGGAGACCCCGAGCUGCUGCAGCCGCUGCUGCCAGAAGCCCGUUAGCAGCAUGUCACCGAAGGGAGCUCUAUGUAGACUUCCAUGCUAUUGGCUGGUCAGGAUGGAUUAUUUACCCAAGUGGAUACAAUGCAUUUUAUUGCAGAGGAUCCUGCAUCUUCCCUUUGGGGGGAAGUCUAAAUGCAACUAAUCAUGCUACAGUUCAGUCCAUUGUUUAUACACUGAAAUUAUCUCAAGAUGUCAGCAUGCCCUGCUGUGUGCCAGAUGAAUUGAAGUCCCUCAAUCUUCUCUACUUUGAUGGCAAACAGAAUGUUGUCCUUAAAAAUUAUAAAGACAUGGUGGCAACAAGGUGUGGUUGUCAUUAGCAAGAGUUCUCUCUUCUCUGCAUUUGUGUGCACCUGGAUUCAGUUCCCAGUUUGUCACUGAAGAGACCAAAGGAGAUGGCAUUUUAGUUUACAGAGCAGGAGAGACACAAACUGGUCUGUGCUUGAAAUCCUUCUCCUCUCACCAUGGCUAUGGAAAGGUGGCUGGCUUGUGAAGAGCUGAGGACUUCAAGACCUCCAUGGAGAGCUCUUUGAACGCCUGUACACCAAGGAAAGUAUUAAAAUCAGGAACUUGCUA